CGGGCCGGCCCUGGGGAGAUGGCGGCUGUGUUGGCGUGCUUCCUGCUGCUCCUCGGGUUCGCGGCGCGCGGGCCGGGGCCCGCAGGGGCCGCCAAGAUGAAGGUGGUGGAGGAGCCCAACACGUUCGGGCUGAACAACCCGUUCCUGCCCCAGACCGGUCGCCUCCAGCCCAAGAGGGACCCCUCGCCUGUAUCUGGCCCCGGACACCUGCUGAGACUCUCCGGCAAGUGCUUCAGCCUGGUGGAGUCCACGUACAAGUACGAGUUCUGCCCCUUCCACAACGUCACCCAGCAUGAGCAGACCUUCCGCUGGAACGCCUACAGCGGGAUCCUGGGUAUUUGGCACGAGUGGGAAAUCGCCAACUCCAGCUUCGUGGGCAUGUGGAUGCGUGACGGUGACUCCUGUGGCUCCAGGAGCCGGCAGACUAAGGUGGAGCUCACGUGCGGGAAGAGCGACCGACUAGCCCAGGUGUCGGAGCCCAGCACCUGUGUGUACUCGCUGACAUUCGAGACGCCGCUCGUCUGCCACCCCCACGCCUUGCUAGUGUACCCGGUGCUGCCCGAGGCCCUGCAGCAGAGGUGGGACCAGCUGGAGCAGGACCUGGCGGAGGAGCUUAUUACCCCCCAGGGCCAUGCAAAGCGGCUGCGGGCGCUCUUUGAGGAGGCUGGCUACUUGAGGGCCCCGGAGGACAGCGACUCUGCCUGGCAGGAAGGGGUCUCGUGGGGCCAGGUGUUUGAGACCCUGGAGAGCUGCAGCCAGGCACACAAGGAGCUGUCCAAGGAAGUGAAGAGGCUGCAAACCCUGCUGACCCAGCACGGCAUCCACCACGCAAAGGCGGCAGGGACCUCCAGCUCUGAGCGCUUGGGCCAAGCAGCCCCUACACGCGGGCCCCCAGCACAGCUGCAUGGUGACCUGGGACUGCACAGGAACACUCCGUGAUCUGGCCAGGAGACAAGACCCCAUGUCAGGACCAUGGUGCACGCAGCAAACACUACAGCCAGAAGCCGGCUUCCGGGAACCAGCCCCCCCCCCACCUUGUGUUCUCAGUGACGCAGACGGAACAAAGAUUUAAGGUUUUUAAUGAUCCCUGUACUGAUAAAAAUAACUCCAGGGUUCUGUAAACCAUCGCAAAAUGCUCUAGUGUAAAAAAUUGAAAUAAGUGUUAACAAACAAUUUUAAACAGUUCACUACAGGUAAAUGAUUAUGCAUUAUAAAUACUACCUUCCAGGUUAAGAAGAGUCCAUUCAAAUAACAUUUUCAUCUACGUACUCAAACCUACACAUUGAGGGCCUCCCUAAAUUAAUGCACACAAAGCACCCAGGCAGAUUCGGGGUCUCAGCCGACCAGCGUUAGACGCUGUGACGGCACGUUACCACCCAUGUGGAACACCCAGGAUGACAGGUGACGAGGAUAACAAGGGUCCUGUCAUGGGAUCCCUCAGAGGCUUCGACCUCAGAAGAACCAGCACCCGCAGCCAGGAAGUGGGGUGGGAGCAGCCCCUGAUGGCACCCCAAACACCCGCCCGGGCAGUCUGUCUCCCUCGCACCCCAGUGCUCACAGCGCCCUCUUGAGGCCGAAUUCCAGAGCCAGCUGACCAGGGUAGCUUAUAGACAGACCUAAAGCUCACUUGUUCUUAAUUGUUCUGUAAUUUAAAAUGUCUAGCUAUAGAUAUUAAACACUGUCCUGUUAUCCCAGCAAAGACCACAGGCCUAAAAUGAGAAACAAGUGCAUAAAUAUUAAUAAAAAUAAAGGAUUUUAAACAGUGAUAACAGUAGCACAAAAUAGACGUCGUUUCUAAGUACUAAGCGAAUAAAUCAUCAUCACUAUCGUUAA